GUAAAUCACCGCGUGUCACUUCGCGAGUCGUCACUGAGAUCACGGCCGAAGACUAAUCGAAUCGGAGACCUAACAUCCGCGAUAUCUUUCUCAAUCUGUAUACCUUCGAAUCUGAACUCGAUAAAAAAUACCGAUGAUUAUUCACCUGUCAUCGUCACCGGAGUCGACGUUCUAUUUACAACAGUUGUUGCGCGAGGCUUCGGACGCGAUCGCACGAACGGAUUCUGGACGGCAUAAACGUGCACGUUGUUAUCGACCUUCGCGCGGGUCACGGAGCCAGGUAGCCCCGUGAUUCGAUCGAACGAGGCUGCAUCGGUUCCUGGCCGAGACGCAGAGGAAAGGAAAAAAGGAAUACUCACCCGCUUCCAAUUAUUUUGCGUCCUAUAUACGCGAGCUGUUUCGGACUCGCCAAGAAGACUCCGGCUCCACCGAACAUCUAAAUAUACUUACCCGGUUAUCUAGCCAUGUCGGAUAAUUCGCGUGGAGUGUACAGGCGCGAGACCGAUCGACACGCGUCGCGUUGCCAUCCCAUAAUUCGUUGGGACGGUGGCGUUGCCGUGUGAUGUAACGGCCUGCCGUUCUUUCGACGCGAAACAAUGACGGCCGCACGCGACCAUUAUUUCGGGCAGCCCUUCUCGCGGCCGUUUAAUGGAUUAGGGGAGAAAAUCGUAGCGCAGCCAUAGGCGACAUUCGUAGAAUUCGCCGAUCGAUAAGCCGCGCGUCCAACGGCGGACCGUUUCGCCGACGCUGUUCGUAAAUACGGCCGUGCCGGAUUGCGUUUCAACGUGUCUCGGGUGCUCGCUAUUUUAUUGUGUCGCGCGGCUGCUCCCAUAGAUCGGAUUUCACUCUGGAACUACCAGACGUCAGCUUCGUUGCCCGGCGAAGCGGAGAACUUGACUGACGAACGUGGAUCUACCGUGUUUCGCGAAGGAAAAGAUCACGCGAAGUCUCUGCGAAUCGGAGAUCGGUCUGAGAGAUUGCUCUGAAAGAACAUUUUGUAUUCUUUUGUUGUGCCGCAGUUUGGCCUGUUGAAGGAACGUUACACGAGUAUCGUACGUACCAGGAACUGUGUCCAAGAGUGUCGAGGGAAUAAGACAAUUGGAUUAGCUGCGCUCGAUCCACGGAAAUGAAUAUCCAGAAGCCCGAGGGUCUUUUGUCAGUGGUGUUACCUACUGAACUAGCGUCUUCGCCUAGCUCGCGACAGCUCAUUAUAAAUCAAGACCAACAGGACGAGGAAGCAUCGGAUUGUCCACUCUUGACGCCCAGCCCACGGAAUGACGCGCUCGAGUCCGGCGCGAUUUUCGUUUCCCUGGAAGGAAACCCCGUGGAGUCUGUUCCUCCGCCAACACUCGACAAUAUUAAUAAGGAGGAUGGGCUUAGCGAGUUCAUGAAUAUUGUGAACAGCUCGAGCCGAGCUCUGAACGAUGAACCAAGUUCCCGCGACCCGAUGGUGGAGUCGACGAGCAGCGGCAGCAGCAGCGACACGAACGGCCCCGUCUGCGCCCAGUUGUUGACACAACUGAACACAGCGUACCAACAUUUGGCCCCCGAUGCACAGGCGCUGUUUUACAAUCAGGAGAACGGAGGAAAGCCACCCUUGGUCGGAAUUCAGCUGGUGGUGCCGAAGCCUCCGAAGGAUUACCGCUUCAUGAAAUGGAAUUGGCCGCUGAUACGGAAGACGUGUUUCUGGUCGCUGAUGUCGGUGCUAGCUGGCUGCAUGGCGCUCGUCAUCGGCAUCAUCGCCACUAUGCCAAAGAAGUGCGACCCCCGAGUACAAUGGUGGCAAGGCAGCAUCUUCUACGAGAUUUUCCCGGCGUCCUUCCAAGACUCUUCGAAAGGCGGCGACGGGAUUGGCGACCUGCGAGGAAUAGUGAUGCGUCUGGACUAUUUGAAGAAGCUGGGCGUCAGAGGGAUUCGUUUGAACUCUAUAUUUCCGGCGCCUCACUACCCCGAGUACUACAUGGACAUCGAAAGCCUAACCGACCUGAGCAAGGACCUGGGAACGCUGGAGGACUUCGCGAUACUCGUGCGCGAGGUGCACCGACGGAACAUGACGCUGCUCCUGGAUCUCCCGCUCGACCCGUUCGUGAAGACCCUGUACGACGAGAACGUGGUGAUCGAGAAGCCGAACAAAACGGACAAAGCGGUGCGCGAGAGAAAGGAUGUCACCGGUGACGCUAUCUUAGAGGACGCGGUGCCGACGACGCCGUCCAUGUCGGUCCAAGCGAUCAGGGACGCGCUGUCUUCGAUACCGCCGGCCUUGGAGGGACCCAGGCAACAGGCUCUGACGUCGAAUCACAUAAGCGCGGUGAUGGAGAAUCCGGUCACCGCUGCGAUCAGGACCUGGUCGCAGAGAGGGGUCGACGGUUUCUAUCUGAAAGGGCUGGACCGCUACGUCAACGAGACGUCUUUCCCCAGCAGUCUGAGCCGUUGGAAGUCCAUCAUAGGGUUCGAGAAAAUUCUCAUUUGCCACGUGGACACCUUGACAGCUGCCAGAUCCAAUUCCGCGAGGGAGUCCAUCUUGAAGAACAUGGACCUUGUGGAUGUCACGUUGCAAUUUACGCAUGGUGCCCGGGAGAUCAAGAAACAGGUGGAAGAGAUCACGAAGGGUGUGCUGUUCGAGAAACCAGAUUAUCCUUGGGUGCAUUGGUCCAUAGGCGGAAUAGAUUCCAAGAGAGUAGCCUCCACCAUUAGCGUGAAGAACGCUACUAUCGCUGCCUCUCUGUUGGGGAUGAUGCUUCCGGGGACACCGAGUAUAUUUUAUGGAGACGAGAUAGGUAUAUUGGACUGCGAGUGCGAAGAUCACAAGGACCUUUCUCACGUUCACAACUUGCCUCCCAUGUACUGGGAUCCGAAUGAUGGUUCUGGUCAUAAGUUCGCAACUAUGGGAGUUACGACUUGGAUACCGGAAGCUGACAAACCAUUAGAGACAAGUUUGGUGGGGACGAUAGCCGAGAUGGCUAGGCUUAGAUAUGAAACGACUCCGAUUUAUGUUAAAGCGGUGCUGAAAGAGAACCAGGUGCUGGCCAACUGUGAUGUUAGGUUCGCAGAUGAUCAAAUGAUUGUAAUAGAACGAUGGUACCCACGACGAAACUCGUAUGUCUUCGUAGCAAACCUCGGCAACCAAACGCAGACGAAGGACUUAUCUUUCCUUUAUUACGGAGGCCAUGUUGUUGUUGGUCCCACGUCCAAGCUGAACCGGGACGUGUACUUCAAGCAACUGAUCGUGUCUCCGGGGGAGGCAUUUGUCAUAAAGCUCGAUAAAUGAGGAUUCCUCGUAGAAUCACAUUUCGCAUAACAUUCAUUUUACAUCCCAUCGAGAUUUUAACGUCUUUUAAUUGAUGUUUCAAGCGUGAAUUCGUGGCGAUUCGUUUGAAAACGCGUUAUCAUUGACGUUACGAGCGUUGUACAACGAAAGAUUUCAUGCGAUAGUUCCUACUAAGUUUUAAACGAAACGCGUGAGGACGGAAGUGUCCAUAAAUGUUUCAUUUGAAAAGGAACAGAAAGUUAGAUCGAAUGGAAACAGAUUGCGAUGUAGCGUGCAGACUACGGAUAUUUAUGCAAGUCAUUCUCAUGGCUCGGAAUUGUUUUGAAAAAAUGUGUAUCUGAAUUUUAAUGUACCAAGGCGUGAGUAUAAUGAAUAUUAAUGUAUUAACACGUGUCUGUUAAUACAUCUGAAGAAAUCCGAUACAAAGUUGAAAGCACCACGUAUACACGAACAGUGGUUGAUAUUUAUUAAAUUUUCCACGUGAUGGUUUUUAGCAUGUCUAUGCGCGCCAUGAACGCAUAAAAUCUACAGUCUCGGUAAUGAGAAGGACGACAUUCUUGUUAUCAAAAAGUGUUACGUAGUCUAGUGAAAUGUGCUUGGAUAUAAGUGAAAAAUCAAAAACGGACAUUAAGAUUAAACUGUGGAUGUUCCAUGUAAGUGUAUUAUAUUAGACACUUGCGUGAGAUACAAGUGCGUGAGAUUCACAGUUUAAUCCUUACAAAAUCAAAUUCAUACACACCAU